GUGACGUAUUGUUACUAAAGCUUCUAUAAUCCUGACGGCGGAUUUUAGCCCUCCUAUAUACCUACUUCGGCUCAAAGUUUAGAUCGAAUCUUAACAUCCGAUCUCUACAUGCGAUACCUCCGCAGACUUAACAAAAUGGAACGGGAUUCAGGGUCUUAUGCUGACUCCCCGGAUUCUGACCCAUAGUUAGAUGAGGUCGAACGGGGGUCAUCAAGGAUUUAAGUGCUUAUCUCCGCGCAUCCCUCACCCACUGCUAUACCCGACAGCGCUUCGACAUCGAACUAUUCGUUACUAUUUAAACGCCCAAUGCGAUGGAAAGGUUAUCAGAAAAUUCAAGACAUAAAUCGACAUGGCGGCAUCACCUAAAACCUGGCUAAUCACUGGCGCCUCUUCAGGUCUCGGCAAGUCGCUUGCCCUGGCUGCCCUUGAAGCCGGCUACAAGGUAAUCGGGGCUACCCGUGAUGCCAAUAAAGCUGAGAAGGCUUGUCCGGAGCUCUCAGCCAAGGGUGGAACUUGGGUGGAGAUAGACCCUGCUGAAAAAGAUUCAUUUGAGAAGUUCGCCAGCUGUUCGCGGGAGCAUAAUGUUGAUGUCUUGGUCAAUAAUGCUGCGUAUGCAUUCAUCGGCGGCAUCGAGGAUACCAGUGAAGGUGAUGUUCGGGAUCAGAUGGAAGUCAACUUCUAUGGCCCUCUCCGCGCUGUCCGGGCUUGUCUGCCGGCUAUGCGUGAAAGAGGCUCUGGUCAUAUCAUUCUGAUUAGUAGUGGUGCUGGAUUUAUAGCCCGGCCUGGACGAGGGACGUAUUCCGCAAGCAAGUUCGCCAUCGAGGCUAUGCACGAGUCCCUCUCCUACGAAGUCAAAACACUCGGGAUCAAAGUCCUCAUAGUGGAGCCAGGAGCAUUCCGUACGCCCUUUGCAAGCCGCGUCCUUACCCCCGCUCACCUUGAGAAUGGAUUUAGCGAGGGCUAUAACGGUACCGCGCUGGAGCAAACGCUUAGUCUGCAUCGGAAUUGGACAACGUCCACUCCGGAUUUCGUAAGGGGCGACCCUGAUAAAGCGGCCCGGGCGAUCGUCCAGGCUGCCGGUACGGGAUAUGAUUAUCUUCGACUGCCCUUGGGGAAAGACUGCGUGGGUGCUUUGGAGGAUAAGAUUGGACAGCUGCGGAACGAUCUGGAGGCGACCAGGGAGAUCUCCACGGCUACUGAUAUUGACUGAGCAUAAUAGAUAUCUUGUGAAUUUGCAAUAAGUUUUAUGAUGGGUCUUACUUUCCUAUGCCUCGGCUUGGAACCUACUUCAACGAAAGUAUAGAGAAUCAGAUGGGCAGGCCAGAGACCGGGGAUACCGGCAACU